AGAUGUCUUCAUCAGUGCAGCUCUUCAGAGAUCAGAAGUACCAUGAGCUGAAAGAGCAGUGUAUCCAGCAGAAACAGCUCUUUGAAGAUCCUGAGUUCCCAGCUUCAGAUGAGUCCAUUUUCUAUCAAUCAGCACCACCAAGGAAAGUUGAGUGGAAGCGCCCAAAGGACAUCUGUGAAGAUCCCCACCUGUUUGUGAAUGGAAUCAGCUCCCAUGACUUACAUCAAGGCAUCCUGGGGAACUGCUGGUUUGUGGCUGCAUGCUCCUGCUUGGCUCUGCGGAAGACCCUCUGGCAGAAGGUGAUUCCAGAUGUCAAUGAACAAGAAUGGGACCCUAAAAAUCCAGAGAAAUAUGCUGGGAUUUUCCGUUUCCGUUUCUGGUGCUUUGGAGAAUGGACAGAGGUGGUUGUUGAUGAUCUGCUGCCAACAAUGGAUGGGAAGUUGAUCUACUGCCAUUCCAAUAUGAAAAAUGAAUUCUGGAGUGCAUUGCUGGAGAAAGCUUAUGCAAAGCUGGCUGGAUCUUAUGAAGCCCUAGAUGGAGGCAGUGCCGCAGAUGCAAUUGUGGAUUUCACUGGAGCAGUGGCAGAAUCUGUUGAUUUGGUACAGGGCAAAUAUGGUGAGAUAAUUUCUGAGCAGAUGAAGCUGUUUGAAGACUUGCUGAAAGUACAUAAAAGAGGCGGGCUGAUCAGCUGUUACAUUGCGGCUUCCUCUAGCAGGACCAGUGAAGCGGAGACAGAGAUGGGUCUUGUCAUCGGCCAUGCCUACUCCGUGACUGCAAUUCGGAAGCUGCGCCUUGGAGAAAGGGCCAUAUUUUCUUUUAAUGCAGAAAAGCUGUUCAUGAUCAGGCUGAGGAAUCCCUGGGGGAAAAGAGAGUGGAAUGGUGCCUGGAGUGACAAUUCUGAGGAGUGGAAGAAAGUCAGCGAUUCAGAACGUAAGAGCUUGGGACUCACUCUUGACAAUGAUGGAGAAUUCUGGAUGACGUUUGAGGACUGGUGUAAGAAUUUCACUGAUGUCGACAUCUGCCGGAUUGUGAAUACCUCCUACUUCAGCAUCCACAAGACCUGGGAGAAGAAAAUGAUGCAUGGGGCUUGGGCAAAGAAUUCAGAGCCCCUGCUAAAUCGCUCUGGUGGAUGCUUUGAUAACAAAGAGACCUUUCUUCAGAAUCCCCAGUACAUCUUUGAUGUUAAGAAGCCUGAGGACAAAGUGUUGGUCUCGUUACAACAGGAGGAUCGCCGCAAAUACAAGAAAGAAGGGAAAGGAGACAGCAUUCCAAUUGGCUUUGAAAUAUUCAAGGUGGAGGAUAACAGAAGCUAUCGACUGCACAAGCUCACUGUACAGGAGAGAGUGGCCACAUCUCCCUACAUCAACACACGCACUGUGUUCUUGAGGAGGAUCCUUAAGCAAGGCCGCUACAUCCUCAUCCCAACUACCUAUCAUCCUGGUAUCAUUACAAAGUUUAUCCUGAGACUCUUCACAGAUGUGCCAUCAAAACUCAGGGAGCUGAAGGCAGAUAAGCCUAGAAUUACAUGCUGGAGUCUUCUUUGUGGCUACCCACGCAGAGUAACCCAAGUCAAAAUCUAUUCUGCAGAAGGCUUACAGAAGCAAGACAGAUCAGGGGCAGAUCCCUAUGUUCUUAUCAAGUGUGAGAACCAAACCAUGCGCUCCCCUGUGCAACACGAUACAACCAGUGCCAUCUUCAACACACAAGUGAUUUUCUACAGAAAGAACAUCGACAGUCCUGUCAUUGUCCAGGUCUGGAACAGCAAUGUCUUUUGUGACCAGUUCCUUGGGCAGGCGGUGCUGGCAGCUUCACCCUGUGACCCCAGAGACCAGCAGACUCUGCAGCUGCGAGGGACAGGCAGCCGAGAAGCUGCCGAGGUGCCAGGUCACAUCACCAUCAAGGUUUUUUCCAGUGAUGACCUUGUGGAGCUAUGA